GUGGCGCGCUCACCAGUGUGUCUGUUUAAUCGAAGAUGGCUGCGCCCUGAGCAUUCGUUACAACGUGAAGGUGCUUCUGCUUUGAACAUUGAAUAACGGACAGACGGGCGGAUAGAGAGCGUUUGAUACAGACCACGAUGUCCAAGAUCUCCAAGGCCGCUAAGGCCGUGAAGAAGGUGGACAUGGGGGGUGUGAUCCGGGCUAUCGUGAGGUCAGGGCAGGCGGCCCCCGGACCCCCUCUGGGUCCUGUCCUGGGACAGAAGGGCAUCCCCAUCGGCCAGUUCUGCAAGGACUUCAACGAGAAGACCAAAGAGCUCAAGGAAGGAAUUCCUCUGCCCAUCAAGAUCCACGUUAAACCUGACAGGACGUAUGACCUGAAGAUUGGCCAACCCACAGUGUCCUACUUCCUCAAGCAGGCGGCUGGCAUCCAGAAAGGAGCCAGUAAAACAGGCCAUGAGAUAGCUGGGAUGGUGUCUGUAAGGGCUGUGUAUGAGAUCGCUCAGGUCAAGGCCCAGGACGAGGCCUUCAAGAUGCAGAACGCUUCCAUAGAGACAGUCGUCAAGAGCAUCAUCGGCUCGGCUCGCUCGUUGGGCAUUGAGAUCGUCAACGAUUUAUCGGCAGAGGAGUACAAGACUUUCCUGAAGGAGAAGGAGGAAAGGUUGAGAGCAGAGGCAGUAGCUGCAGAAGAGGCAGCAUCCGUGAAGAAGAAAUGAGAUCCCCCCCCUAUCCUACCUAUGUAUUUAUACUGACUCUGUACCAUACACAUACCACUCACAUACACACAUUCUGAAAUAACUAUCAUUUUGCUCUGUGUAUUUCUAAGCAAAAUAAACUUUUGUUAUAAUGAA